GCCUCGGCGACGCCCGGGCGCUGGAGCAGCGCCUCCUCGCGGGCCGUUCGCUGCUGCGCGCCGCCUCGCUGCGGAGCGCCGCGGCCUGCUCGCGGGCGUGGGGUGAGUGCCGGGGCGCAGGCACGCUGGGCGACAAGAGGACGGCGAAGGCCAGGGAGCUCGGCAACGCCCUGGACGACGUGAAGGCGGGCCCGACCACCAGGCAGUCAUCGUCGAUGAUGCCCUCCUCGACGGAGGAGGCCGCGGCGUCGGCGGAGGCGGCGCUGGCGGCCGCGGUCCGGCGAGCAAACGACGGCUUCGUGCUGGCGGAGGGCGCGCUGCAGGUGGCCCUCGCCAAGAGGUCGAAGAGCACCAUCAAGGACACGGGCUCCAACAUCGAUCCGUCCACCUUCAUCAAGGAGCUGGUCGGCUUCUGCAUCUCCACCUCGACCGGCUUC